UAUAACAAACGAAAUUGGGUUACCCGCGCGCGCUAAGAUGUUGUUGUUGGUUAGCCGUUGCGCACUAGUCCCAUUCUCUCUGGGGACUUUCUUCAAACACCUUCCGCGCCCAAAACCCAGUCCCAUCUUUCCUUACACAAUCACACCCAAAACCCUAACCACCACCACAAUCCACUCCUCCUCUCACUUCGAAGCCUUGGAUUCCCGCCAAAAACACCAAAUCCAUCUCUACGUCGACACCCUUCUCGAAUGGAACCAGAGAAUGAACUUGACCGCGGUCAGAGAAGCGGGUGAGGUAAUGGAGAGGCACAUUGAAGACUCGCUCGCGAUCAUACCGCCCAUAACAGACUCUUAUCUCUCUCAUUGUGGAAAUGUCAGCGUUGUGGAUGUGGGAAGCGGCGCGGGCCUGCCCGGGUUGGUUUUGGCCAUUGCGUGCCCGGAAUGGAAAGUGACCCUGAUGGAGUCAAUGAACAAAAGAUGUGUUUUUUUGGAGCAUGCUGUUAGUCAUGUUGGUUUAUCAAAUGUGGAGAUUGUUAGAGGAAGAGCAGAGAACUUGGGUCAGGAUGUUUGCUUCAGGGAGAAAUAUGAUGUAGCAGUGGCCAGAGCGGUUGCGGAAAUGAGAAUUUUGGCGGAAUACUGUCUUCCUCUGGUUCGUGUUGGUGGCUUGUUUGUAGCUGCAAAGGGCCAUGAUCCUCAGAUGGAAAUUAGGAAUGCAGAAAAAGCAAUUCAAAUUUUGGGUGCUUCCAUAUCACAACUGUGCCCAGUGGAAUCUCACAGCCCAUAUGGACAAAGAACGGCCAUUGUAUGCCUGAAAACCACCCCCACCCCAAAGAAGUAUCCUCGUGAUCCAGGUACCCCGGUGAAAGUACCACUAUGAAUAGUUCAUGUGCCCAAUUCGAAUGUAAUAUUUUGUUGACCUGCCAUUUCCCCUCAGCCCUCUUAAUUUUUCUAUGUAACUUCACUUUGGAAACAAAAACGCUGCAUCUGAAUAAAAUUGCUUUUGGUCCA